AUAGAAAUGAAUAUUAAUUUAUAAUAACCAUUAAUUGGAUAAACCAUUUUUUGGAAGGUCUCUUAGACCCAUUUAUGUGUUUAAGGGUUAAAUACGUCUCAUAAAGUUUUGCAAGUUUUAUACUCAACAAUGCUUGCUUUUACUUGAUUUCAUUUCUUUGUUUGUGUCUUGGUUCUUUUUUGUCAUAAAUUGCAUAAGCUGUUACAAAUUUAAAUAAUUAAUAUUUAUGUGAAUGUUAUUAUAAACACAAUAAGUAUCCUAAUAAAAAUAAAAAUAUACAAUUACUACGUAACAAUAACUGUGUAAAACUACAUUUGGCUUUUAGAUAAGAUUUUUAUUACAUUAUUUACAUUAUUUAUAUAAAUAGAAAAAAUCAUGUUUUCAACAACCAUUUGUAAAUAAUAUAUCUGAAAACGAUGAUAGAGCAACGGAAUUCUUUCGCACAAAGUUCGGAAAAGAGAUUAGAUCGGAUCUUUCCAUGUUUUAUCAAAUUAGUACAUCAGGUAAAACCCGAUACGCGAUCUCUCUUUGAUAGAUAUAUCAAUGUGUCUCUUUUUCAAAUAAUUGUUUGAUAUUUGUUGGUGUCGUGUGCAUACAACCUUUAAAUAUAAUAAACGAGAAGUGUCAAUAAUCACAAACGCUUCAUCUCUUAAAGGGUAAGACGUGCAUACGUGCACAUUUUAGAAACUUUCUAAAUUAAAUGAAGCAUCAUGUGGAAGAUAAUAGUGUUGUGCACGAUUGUGUGCCUAGCAGCUGCCCAAAAAGCUACUUUCAACAACUACAAGGUCUUUAGAAUUAUUCCUACUACAGAAGAACAAGUCAAUAAUUUACAACAGCUGCAAGCGAUUUAUGAUGGAUUCUCGUUCUGGACAGAACCUAGUUUUGUAGGUGCAAAUGUGGAUCUCAUGGUGGCUCCGCAUAAAUUGCCCGAAUUUUACGAAUUGAUGACUCGGAUCGAUAUGCCAUAUCAAGUUUAUAUCGAGGAUGUUCAAAAGUUGAUUGACCAAACGACGCCUAAACAACUGGCUACGUCAUUCGAUUUCAAAAAUUAUCAUACUCUUGAAGUAAUCUAUAAAAAUCUCGAUGACUUGGCUAAACAAUAUCCCGAUAAAGUGGAAGUCAUUGUGGGCGGCAGAUCAUAUGAAAACCGUCAGAUCAAAGGCGUCAAGGUUUCUUUUAAGGCCAACAAUCCUGGAAUCUUUAUCGAGGGUGGCAUUCAUGCUAGAGAAUGGAUUUCGCCGGCAACUGUCAUGUACAUCCUUCAUCAAUUAUUAACCAGCAAUGACCCGGACGUUAGAGACCUGGCCGAGAGCCACGAUUGGUACAUCUUCCCGGUGUAUAAUCCCGAUGGAUAUGCAUACACGCACACAACGAAUCGAUUAUGGAGAAAAACGCGCAAACCAUACGGAAUUUGCGUCGGAGCUGAUGCAAAUAGAAACUGGGACUACCAUUGGGAGUCUAACAUCCUUACCAGACAUGCAUGUUCUCCAAUUCACGCAGGAAGUGAACCGUUUUCCGAAAUAGAGACAAAAAGCAUGUCCGAGUAUAUUAAAUCUGUUUCCGACAAAUUCUAUUCAUAUAUAUCGUUUCACAGUUUUUCGCAACUUUUGAUGUAUCCUUACGGUUACACGAAAGAGCAACUUGAAAAUUACAAAGAUUUGGACGCUAUAGGUUUGAAGUCAGCUGCAGCUCUUAAACAAAAGUAUGGAACUUUAUAUCGAGUCGGAAAUGUUGCUGAUACGAUUUAUAAGUGCACCGGAAUUAGUGUGGACUACAUUAAAGGCAUUUAUCAUACACCUAUCGUGUACACUUAUGAGUUGCGUGAUACCGGCUCUUACGGUUUCUUACUGCCUCCUGAUCAAAUUAUUCCAUCUGGAGAAGAGACUCUGGAUUCUCUCGUAGCUAUGUUUAAGGAAGUAAAGGCGCGCGGAUAUCUCACAGAAAAUUAGUAUUAAUAUAAACUUUGUGUGUGUGUGUGAGUGUAUGUGACUUUGAUAAAACAUUUUUUAUAUAAAAUAUUGACAAUAAGAAAUAU